GAGCGAACUCCGCGGCCUUUGGGAGGGCUGGGAGGGGCUGAGCGCGCCCAUUCUGAGGAAAUGAGCGACGGUUUGUGAGGCGGCGGGGCGACCCCGGCCUGGCCUGGCCUGGCCUGUGAGGGAAAGGAGGCGAGCGACCCAGGCUCUGCGAUGAGCCGUCGCUACGGAGGCGGAGGGACGGCUCCCUCGCUCCUGGAGCUAUGCCUUCAUUGUUUAACAAGAAACAUAUCCAAAUAUGCUGCAGAUAUUAAGUCUUUGCCUCCCAACAUAAAAGAUAAGCUGAUUAAAUCCUUGAGUAUCCAAGGAUGGAUAACAGAUACAAAUAUUAGCAUGGUUCUUCACCCUGCAGUGGAGGCACUAGAUCUUCGAGAUUGUGAUAUUUCAGACUCUGCCUUGCAACAACUUUGUAACUGCAGGCAUCUUAAAAAGAUAAAUGUAAAUGUUUGGAAAAACAACAGGCUGACCAUAACUUCUGAAGGAGUUGCAGCGUUGGCCUUAUCAUGCCCCUAUCUGCGGGAAGCCUCCUUUAAGAGAUGCAGCAACCUAACAGACAGUGGAAUCCUUGCUCUUGCCCUCAACUGCCCCCUUUUACAAAUAGUCAACAUAGGUGGAUGCUCCAACAUCACAGACGCAUCCUUACAAGCCCUUGGACAGAACUGUAAAUCCCUGCACAGUGUUGAUUUCUCAUCAACCCAAGUCACUGAUGAUGGUGUAAUAGCACUUGUUAGUGGAAUGUGUUCAAACAAUUUAAAGGAGAUUCAUAUGGAACAUUGUGUUAAUUUGACGGAUGCAGCCGUGGAAGCUGUCCUCACAUAUUGCCCUGUGAUAUACAUUCUGUUGUUUCAUGGAUGCCCACUCAUAACAGAUCGUUCCCGAGAAGCACUGGAGCAGCUGGUUGGACCCAAAAAAUUCAAGCAGGUUUCAUGGACUGUUUAUUGAUUUUUGUUUGAAAUUACAAGGCAUUGCUUCUUUCAUUUCCCUCCCUUCCCUCCCCCCCCCCAUUUCUGAGUCUUCUGAUUAAUUUGCAUGUUUGUUGUUGAUACUGUAGUCUCAAAUUGGAGAAGAGCAAACAUGCUUUUCAUGUUUGUUUUUCUCCAAAUUAGAUUGUAUCAGUGUUCUGAAUUUUUUCUUCAUGGAAGGAAGAAAAAAAAAGACAUUUUGUACCAAUAAGGACCAACAGUAAAUAAGGGAAUGCAAAAAGCAGAGAGAACACCAGUAAGCUAAUGGAGCAAAUAUCAUGGAAGCAUCAUCUUGUGCUGCCUGCUCUGAUGUCAUUUACUUGGGGACCAGUUCUAUUUCUAGGCAUCCAUUGUAACAAGAGCCAUGAUUUGUUUGUAUCUGAAUAAAACCUUCAAGAUGUACAGUGCAUGAUUUUCAUUUAACUCUAUUAAUAACCAGUCAUAAAAUUGUGUUUGUAGAACUCAAUAUUGUUAUUUUCAAGGCAAAAACCUUGCUUACAGGCUUUGCUGAUAUCGCAGAAUGGGAUGCCAUAUUCCCAUCUCUAAUUAAGGAGUUUUUAUUUAUUUGAUUUGUAACCCCUUCCUUCUUCUCAACCACCUAUUAAAGGCAACUUAUAGUAACA